CGACUUUUAGGGUAUAAUAUAUGUAAUGGCAUCGAAGCCUAAGCGGCGAAAGACGGAAGAGUUGGAUGAGACAGAGGCGAUACUUUUAGGCGAUGAUUUGAAACAAAUUAAGAAUAUCUUGCUAGACUUCAAGGAAAUAAAAAAGGUCGAUGCACUGGAAUCAAAAGUAAAGGAUUGCCCACGAAUUGGAGUUACAUUGAUGACUGUCUUAUGGAAAUGUUCCCUGCAGAAUUUCGAUGAUCAGCCACAAUGGUUGCAGAUACUGUAUGAUGUUCUGCGUAUUUUGACAAAUAUCUACGGAACAAUACCAUCCUUAUGCUCCGAGCUGGCCGAACCGCCCGGAAACUUUGCAAACAUUGCAGUUCGUUUGUUGGAAAGCGGUCCGAAAGUACCAAUGGAGGUGAAAUGCGAAGUGUUUCGUCUGGUAUGUAAUGUUGCAACAGAUCAACGGUGUAUGGAAUUGAUUACCGAAAAUACCCAUCUAGUAGAUCGCAUAGCGAUGGCGAUUGAUCAUGAAGUCAUUGAAGUAGCGAAAGUAGCCCUGAGAGCGGCGAACUUUCUAACGGUUAACAAAAAUGGUAUCAAAAAAUAUCGCACUUCAUCCUUAACUGAAGCAUACAACAGUGGCGUGAAACUGGUAGCGAUCGAGAAAUUGCUUGCAAUAUGCCGAUCGAUAAGAUCCUCAGAAAAAGAAGUCGUUGAGUGA